GAGAGAUCUAUCUUCUCUGUUUUCCAAUGAGGCUUCACUCCCUUUCCCUUAGUCUAACUUUUCUGUUGCUGUGUUUGCUCACCUUCUGCAAUGCAGCUUUUGAGAUUGCUGGAUCUUCACAAUGCGCUGAUUGCAAACUAAACAACUUCAAAAAUGCCCACGCCUUCUCAGGUCUUCAUGUAACAAUCGAUUGUAAGGUCGAGAAAGAGAUCAAGAGAGUCGGCGAGGGCGAGCUAGACGCCGAUGGCAAAUUCAAAAUCUCACUCCCCAAGGAAGUGAUCGCCGAUGUCAAGAACAAAAACUGCUACGCCCAGCUCCACAGCGCUGCCGCCGCCCCGUGCCCCGCCCACGGCGGCGUGGAGGCCACCCAAAUCGUGUUCAAAUCCGAAAUCAACGGAAAAGUCACAUUUACCCCCAAAGAAGCCCUCACCUUCUCCACCGCCUUGUGCACCUCCAAAUUCUUGUGGCCAUUUUUCGAGUAUCCACCUCUUCCUAAAACCUACUCAUGGAAAAAACAUUGGCCCCAAAUUACUAUUCCACCCCUCAAAAAGCACCAUUGGAAAAAAGUUUGGCCCAAAAUUACCAUUCCGCACCCAAUUGUUAAGACACUUCCCCCACCUGUUCCGAUUUACAAGCCCAAGCCCAAGCCCAAGCCACCGGUUGUUAAGCCGCAUCCGCCAUCAGUCCCAAUUUACAAGCCCAAGCCCAAGCCACCAGUUGUUAAGCCGCAUCCACCAUCAGUCCCCAUUUACAAGCCCAAGCCACCGGUUGUUCAUCCACCAUCAGUCCCCAUUUACAAGCCCAAGCCCAAGCCCAAAACACCGAUUGUAAAGCCGCCUGUUCCAGUUUACAAGCCCAAGCCCAAGACACCGGUUGUUAAGCCGCUUCCGCCAUCUGUUCCAGUUUACAAGCCCAAGCCCAAACCACAUGUCCCCAUCUACAAGCCGCCUACGAAGCCGAUCCCACAUCCAUUUCACAAGCCUAUCUACAAGCCGCCGGUGGUGAAGCCGCUUCUUCCUCCGUCCGUGCCUAUCUAUAAGCCGCUGCCGCCACUAUUUCCUCUCCCACCAUUCUAUAAAAAGCCUUGCCCUCCAUUCGCUAAGUUUCCUCCAAAGAGCUAUGACCACCCCAAAUUUGGAUAUUUCCCAAAAUUCCCACCCUUUAAACCCAUUCCAUGAGCUACUUUGUAGCCAUUUUCCUAUGUUUCAUUUGUUGUGCAUGUGGUGCAACUCGAGAUAAGAGAUGCAGCACGUUUGAAAAUUGAAUUAGUGAAUUUAUCAUCUGUGAAAUAAGAAUUUAUUUUUUCAGUUAUUAAGUUUGGGAGUUCGAGUGAAAAGAAAUAGAGAAAUUGUGUGUUGAUAUUUGCUUAUCCUUCAACUUCGAAAUGAAUUUGUAUUUUUUUGUUUCUA